AAUACAUUCAUGCUUUCUCUGACGGUGAGCAAGAAAACUUUGCGCUGUCAAAAGAUUACAGCUGCCCGAGUGAGAGAGCCUGUUACUUCACUUAUGAGCCCCGUUUACAUUAGACAUCGUACUUCAGCUGUGGAGGUGGUGUCGUCGGCUUGAGUUUAUCUGCAGACCCGGUUUAAAAACAAUCAAAAUGUCAGUGAACCCGAAAUUUGUGAAUCCUUUCCACAGACCGCACUGUUUAUCAGCCGCUGCGCCCGCGGGACAAGCCAAGCUCACACACCCGGGAAAAGCCAUUUUAGCUGGAGGGAUCGCUGGAGGUAUUGAAAUCUGCAUCACGUUCCCUACAGAGUAUGUGAAAACACAGCUACAGCUAGAUGAAAAGGCGAACCCCCCUCGAUAUAAAGGCAUUGUUGACUGUGUGAAGCAGACAGUGCACGGUCAUGGUGUGAAGGGUCUGUACAGGGGUCUGAGCUCUCUGCUCUAUGGAUCUAUUCCAAAAGCUGCCGUGAGGUUUGGCAUGUUUGAGUUCCUCAGUAAUAAGAUGAGGGAUGAGUCUGGUAAACUGGACAGCACACGGGGGUUAAUCUGUGGUCUGGGUGCAGGAGUGGCGGAGGCUGUUGUUGUGGUGUGUCCAAUGGAGACUGUAAAGGUGAAGUUUAUCCACGAUCAGACCUCAUCAAACCCAAAGUACAGAGGCUUUUUCCACGGCGUGAGAGAAAUAGUCAGAACACAAGGACUCAAAGGAACAUAUCAGGGCUUGACAGCGACAGUGCUGAAGCAGGGCUCAAACCAGGCCAUACGAUUCUAUGUAAUGACUGCUUUGAGAAACUGGUACAAAGGUGACAACCCCAAUAAGACUAUUAACCCCUUCAUAACUGGAACGUUCGGAGCAAUUGCUGGAGCUGCGAGUGUGUUUGGAAAUACACCACUUGAUGUGAUCAAAACUAGAAUGCAGGGGUUGGAGGCUCACAAAUAUAAGAGCACUGUUGACUGUGCCAUCAAGAUCAUGAAAUACGAGGGACCAGCAGCAUUCUACAAAGGCACCAUUCCCAGGUUAGGUCGCGUGUGUUUGGACGUGGCAAUAGUGUUCAUCAUCUAUGAGGAAGUGGUGAAAGUUCUUAACAAAGUGUGGAAGACUGACUAAUGGAGCUGUGAUACUGAGCAAAUAUGGUGAUGGGCGGAGUCAGGCCGUUGUGACAUCAUACUGAUGUGGGAACAUUUACACGGGGGCCAAAAUACCUGCGUACAGAUGAUGACAAGUAACCAAGUCACUGGAAUGUACUUAAUUUCCAUAGUAUAAUCAAGAUUUCCCCAACUAAUGUGAGAAAGAUGCUAAAUACUUGAAAAUUAGACUAAAGAUAAAUCGUAUUUUAACCCUAAAUCCAAUUAUAAUAAUAGAUAUUUUUAAAAUAGGAAAAUGUUGUAUUGAAACAUAUAAAGGUUGACUUUUGUUAGUAUUCUAGUUUUAACACUUUUAUGUUUUCUUAAGUGCAAUUUACCAGCGUACAUUACAUACAUUCUAAUUUUAUUUUAUUUUUGUUUUACGAAGGGCCUAAUUUGAACACCAUAAAACUUAAGACAGAGAAUCCUGUGCAUCUUAGAAAAGAUCUUUUGAAUGAAAAGGUUAAAUUAAAUUUAACCUUACUCAAACAAAUAAAAAAAUCACCAUAGCUUUUAAUUUUAAGAUACACAUGUGUUUUAUACCCUAUAGUGGUACAUAUUUUACAUGCACUUUUGCAUUAUAGAUUUGGUAAUUCAGGUUUCGUGAUUAUUUUAAGUGCCUAUAUUAAUAUACAUCCUAUUUGUUUUCUUCCUGUUUACAUGAUCAUGGCCAUAAAUUACUUACAAUAACCCCUAUUUGUAAGAUUUAUGCAUUUCAAUUUCAUAACAAAAUUCCAUCAAAUUAAAGUGCGCAAUCUUGAACCAAAUUCAACUAGUAAAACAUAUUAAUUUAAUUUCGUUAAAGAUUACGCAAUUCAAUUUGAUGGAAUUGUAUUUGAAAAUUGAAAUGCGUAAAUCUUAAAUCAGGACAGAUUUAACUACACCUCAAUAUCUGAAAUAAAUAGCACAAAACAUGCUGUGCAAAAACACUCAAACCUUUAAAAAAACUGAACAGUAUUUAGCGUCACCAAAGAGCCAGAUUACAGUAGAAAUAAUGUUUUCUUAUUUAACAUUAUUUGAAUGUAGUUUGUGAUGAUGAUGUAUUAUUUAACAGACUCUUAAAUGCUGAUCAUAUAUCAGCACAUGCCUUAAAUAUGUAUCAGUUUGGUUAUUUUUACAUUCCAUUGGUUGUGCUUUCCUACCUCAAAUCUUCUCAAAAAUCUGUAUAGACUAAAAAUAGAUCUGAUACUGUUAAGAUCACACUAAAGCUUUGAGGUCAAGUGGACACAAUUUUCUAGAGUAACACUGCAGACUGAGACGUAACAAAUGGCAUUUGAAAAAAGUGAAUGUUCACUUUUGUAAAUUAAAAUGAUUGUGUUUCACACCAGACCAGAGAACUAGAGUGACUAGGUUAAAAGUACCAUAUUCAGAGUAUGACUGUUUAUAUAACAUGUUUUGCCUUCUCAUCAUGUGUGAUUUGGGAGAAUUCAGUUUACACGCUUGAUUCUCAAUAAGAACAUUUGUGCCUGUAGUUCUUCACUGAUGUAAUUGAGGGUUUUUUUUCUCAUCAUGUUGCUGCCAAAUCUGAUAUAUUGUUUAUCUGCUUUUGUAAACAGAAUGGUAUCACUGAUCCAUGUUGUUGCAGGAAACAACAUCGGAAAUUAACAGGAUUUUAUUUUGUGUUUGUGUAAAAGAAAUCCAAGAGCAUUCCAAAUGUGUGACCUAAAAUAUGCAUUAAUUGCCGUGCUAACGAAAAAUUAAAAUCUGUGAACAAUUCUAAUGUUCAAGGAAACAAUGUGCCUUCAGUUGAUGUUCUCAUUUAGAAUAAAUUAUACUGAUUGGACAAA